UGUUAGUUUGUUACGUUGUUAUAAGAACCUUAUUAUUCAUACAUAUGUAAAUUACCUGUAUGAUGUAUGCUUGCUAUCAAAUAUAAAUAAAUCUAGGUGUAAAUAUAUCAAGACAGUUAGCCUAGGCAGUGUAUAUUUACGGCUCUUGUAACCUUGUUGUAAAUAUUAACAGUUAGUAAGUUACUAAAAUUGAUAAAAGCUGAGAAAUUAAAUAGAUUUCUUAUAAUAUUCAUUUAAAAGAGGUAAAAUUAUGUCGGAUAGCGGAGACAGCGAUGUAUCUUGGGUUUUCUAUAAAGAUAGACCCGAUUGGAGUGAUGUUACUCCAGUGCCAGAAGACGACGGUCCGACUCCAGUGGUUGUGAUAGCACACUCUGAAAAAUUUGAAGACGUCUACAAUUACUUUAGAGCUGUGUUAAAGUCAAAUGAAGUAUCUGAAAGAGCACUACAACUUACAAAGGAUGCUGUUGAAUUCAACCCUGCAAAUUAUACUGUUUGGCAAUACAGGAGAGAUCUGCUACAAGCAUUAGGCACAGACUUAACAUCGGAAUUAGCAUAUGUGGAGUCUGUUAUCAAACAAUCACCAAAGAAUUAUCAAGUGUGGCAUCACAGGAGAGUUCUAAUUGAGUGGCUUCAAGAUCCCUCAUUGGAACUAGAAGUUACUGGUGAUGCUCUACAACAAGAUCCUAAAAACUAUCACGCUUGGCAACAUAGGCAAUGGACUAUCAAGACAUUUGGACUUUUUGAUAAGGAGAUGGAUUUUGUGGAUCAUUUGAUCAAUGAAGAUAUUCGCAACAAUUCUGCAUGGAAUCAGCGUUACUUUGUUAUGAAUAAUCAUGUUGGCUGGUCAGACUUUAAUGUUCAGAAAGAAAUCUGUUACACUUUGGAAAAGAUUAAGUUUGUAAAGAAUAACGAAAGUGCUUGGAACUAUUUACGAGGUGUGCUGCUCCAUGAUAAGCGGGGAAUUAGUGGAAAUGCAGUUGUAACAUCGUUUUGUGAGGAUCUUUAUAAAAAUAGAUGCCGUUCUCCAUAUUUACUUGCGUUCAUAAUAGAUAUUUGUGAAGAAAAUCUUAGGAAAGGCGAGUCAAGUUAUCUUUAUAAUAGUGAAAGAGCAGUAGACCUUUGUCAAGCACUCGCCACUAAAUAUGACAAAAUUAGAUCAAAAUACUGGAAUUAUUAUAGUGAUAAAUUUAAAAUUUUGCAAAAUAUAUAAAAUGAUCAGGAAAAUAAAUUUGUUUAAUAAUU